CCCUUGGGCCGCAUCUCCGAGCUGUUUGCAGACAAAGUUCCAAAGACAGCAGAAAACUUUCGUGCUCUGAGCACUGGGGAGAAAAAGGAUUUGGUUAUAAAGGUUCCUUCUUUCACAGAAUAAUUCCAGGAUUUAUGUGCCAGGGUGGUGACUUCACAUGCCAUAAUGGCACUGGUGGCAAGUCCAUCUAUGGAGAGAAAUUUGAUGAUGAGAAUUUUAUCCUGAAGCAUAAGGGUCCUGGCAUCUUGUCCAUGGCAAAUGCUGGCCCCAACACAAAUGGUUCCCAGUUUUUCAUUUGCACUGCCAAGACUGAGUGGUUGGAUGGCAAACAUGUGGUCUUUGGCAAAGUGAAAGAGGGCAUGAAUAUUGUGGAAGCCAUGGAGCGCUUUGGGUCUAGGAAUGGCAAGACCAGCAAGAAGAUCACCAUUGCUGACUGUGGACAAAUCUAAUAAAUUUGACUUGUUUUAUCUUAA